UGGGCUCGCUGAUCCCCGAGCCCUUUCCAGCCUCAUUGAUCCCGGCAUCCCGUCAACGCUGCGCAUGCGCGCCGGGCUCCCGCUGCGGCGCCUCGUCCGUGCGCCGCGCGCCCCCUGGUGGUGCGCGGUGAGGGGCCGGGGCCGCCAUGGUGGCGCGGGCGCUGUGGGCGCUGCUGGCGGCGCUGCGGGCGGGCUGGUGCCUCCUGCCGCAGAGCGGGUACCUGCACCCCGACGAGUUCUUCCAGGCACCCGAGGUCAUGGCAGGAGAUAUUUUAAAUCUACAGGUCUAUUAUCCAUGGGAGUUCCUUUCCAACUCUCCUUGCAGAACAGUUGUUUUCCCAUUAAUGACAUCAGGAGUUACAUACUGGGUGAUCAAGUCUUUGCAGCAGUUGGACAUUUGUUCAAGUUGCAUCAACAGCUACACUCUCCUUGUAUCUCCUCGCCUGCUCUUUACAAUCUUUUCUUUCAUACUCGACUAUAGCGUUUAUCGCUUGGCCCCUUUCUGGGGAGCAGAUCCGUGGAAAGCGCUGGUACUUCUUGCUGGAUCCUAUGUCACGCUGGUGUUCUAUACAAGAACGUUUACAAACACGCUCGAAGGACUUCUCUUUGCUCUUCUCCUGGUACUGGUUUCUUCAAGGAAGUCCAGUGGCUCAGCAGAGCCUACAAGCAGCUCUCUCAUAGGUGUCCUAACAACUGCUGGGUUUUUCAACAGGCCAACCUUUCUGGCAUUUGCUCUAAUGCCCCUGCUUUACUGGGCUGGUUUAAUUGUUGACUCUCAAAAGAGCAUUAAAACUCUCAUAAAUGACUUCUUGAAGUUUAUCCUAUGUGCAUGUUUUACCGCUUUUGUUUUCAUAACUGCUGACACCUUCUAUUUUACCUCCGUGAGCUUAGACAACCUCUACAGCACUAACAAGAGCAGCCUGACUGAUGUAAUCGUUCAAUUACAUGACAAAAUGGUAGUAACCCCCUUCAAUUUUCUCAGCUAUAAUCUUAAUCCUCAUAAUCUUGCACUGCAUGGAAGUCACCCACGAGUUACACAUUUUACAGUCAAUGGAGUAAUGCUGUUUGGUAUCUUACAUAUUCUGGCCAUCGGUGCUGGCUUUAAAAUGCUAAAGAAGUAUGUCCAUCAGUUAAUGCUGGUCAGAUGGUGCUGCCGUGGGCUGCCUGGGCUCUUGGUGCAUUCUGAGGGCAGUCCAACGUUGCUGCUGUUUUAUUUUGUUCCUUUGGCAUUUCUCUCCCUGUUCAGCCACCAGGAGCCUCGGUUUCUCAUCCCUCUCAUCCUGCCGUUGGUCCUGUUCAGCGCGUCACCGCACAGAGCUGUGAAAUGGAAGCUCCUCAUUGUUCUGUUCAACCUUCUGGGGGCACUGCUGUUCGGGUGCUUACACCAGGGAGGGCUCAUUCCCUGCUUGUUUCACUUGGAGCAGCUCAUCCAUUCCCCAGCGUCCUCAAGCCAUCCGCGGCACUACACUCUGCUCUUUGCACACACCUACAUGCCUCCAAGGUCUCUGCUCCAUAUCAAGAAGACAGAUGUGCAUGUGGAAGUCGUUGACAUGGCUGGGGCUGCAGAAGAAACCCUCUGCCAGACAGUAGAGCAGCGAGCAAGCAAUUUUACCUGCAGUGACUGUCACAUCUUUAUUAUAAUCCCUGGUACUGUCAGAGCCACAAUUACAAAAUGUGGUGUCUCAUUCAAGAAUGAGACUUUGAUAUUUCCUCACUUAUCAAUGGAAGACCCACCACAAAUACCUGUCCUAUCCAGUGGAAACUGGAGGAGUCAGUUAGGACUUUACAUCCUUGAGCUAAACAUAGAUCAUCAGAGCCUUUAGAUUUUAGGAGAACAAAAGUCUUUUACUUACUUUGGGAGCUGUCUGAUGGUGGUGUGAGACCUUCCUCUUUCAUACAACCCCCUUUCAGCAUCAGCAAUGGCACUGAGAGCUUUCCCACAUCUCUUUAUUCACAUUCCUCACACUCUUAUGGUAGCCAGUUCUGGACAGAACCUGCUUAAAAUUCGACUUACUCAGCCCUAUGGUAUUUUAUAUGAACUUUUGUACUUCUCCUGAUGAGAGAGGAUGAAAUCAGAGCCCACCAAAACUGUGAUUGAAGCUUAGCUGUUUCCAUGUGAGAUUUAUUUUUGAAAGCUCUAAUAAUCUGACAGGGUUUGAGGACUGUGGGGUGUUUACUGAUAAUAGGCAUUAAUUCAGCUGCUGGAGAGAUGUUACAGGGUUAGACAAAAGCUGGUCUGACUCAGUAAUCUUUUAUUUUAUGUUCUUAAAAAUUCUUUAGACCAGACUGCACUCGUCAUUGCCUUGGGUGGGUCCAUCUUGAAAAAUCCCCAGCCCUGAUUUAGAACGUGGAGGAUGCUUCAGCCUAAGUGCUUGUGCUAAAUCCUAAAAUCCAAGCUUUGCCUGUUUAGCCUUCCCUGCCACAGUUCCACCCUCGUGAACGUGCUACCCGCGUAGCGGGAGGGCAGCACCGCGAUGGCGUUCAGCGUGCGCGGUGUUCCGCGGCCGCAGCUCGGGCGCUCCUUCCGAGCGCGCUCCCGCCGCUCCUGUCGCAGCUGUCGCGGCUCUGUCACGACUGUCACCCCGGCAGAGCUGGAUGGAGGAGCUGCGCAGACAGAAAGCGGGUAACGGAGGGAUUUGAUCCUUGGUGCCACUGGAGCAGAUGCAUCCAUCUCUGGACGGGCUCAGCACAGAUCCGGAUCCCCCGGUGCUGCUGCCGUGCAGGGAGGGCAGCCUCGAGCCGCAUCCCCUGCGGCCCCUCCCCGUGCACUAAGUGCUCCCAUUAAAUCAGCUCCGUGGGAAGGACAGCUCCUAUCCUGGCUUUCCACUGGAGAGCAGUCUCUUUUUAAACUGGACACCAGCACCUGGGCUUCAGCUGACAAUGACGUAUAUGCACAGCAUGACCUACAAUAUUUGGUUUUGUCUGCGUGAACUUCUGGAUCCAAAACAUCCUGACUUGACACAUGCAUUGUAGAUCAAGCCUCUCUCUCUGAAACAAAUCUGACAUUUGAAUUAUUUCUGCUCACAAAGGUGGUAAUGCUUUUGGCAGUUCUUCACCCACACAACCUUACAUAAGGUCUUAAGAGCCAGGCUUUCAACAGAGACAAGAAUAAUACAGGUUGAUGCCAGGCUCUAAGGAGAAUCUAGGAAAAAUGAAUGUAUGAAUGAGUUGCCUGUAUUUUUCAACCUAUAGGUAUGACCUAGAUGUUUAGGGAACAUAGCUCUUGCUCUCUUGUAAAGCAUUUUGUCUUUUGUUGCCUGUAUGUCCAUCCCACAUCCUUCAGUGCUGGCCUGCCUGUAAAUUAAAGGUGUGUGUUUGGGGGGAGGCAGGGGGAGAGAAGGUGCCUGUUUUUGUACUGGUGACUCACAAAAUAGUCUAAGUACUUGUGAAAGCAUUGUGACAGCAAAUGUAUUUUCCAAGUUAAUUUUCUUUUUGCUCUUUUACACUGGGGUGACACAACCGUGUGCCACAGCUGGUAGUCCAUGUCCUGCUUCCCAUUUGCAGCUUUCUUAAACAACUUAAAUCUUGAACAUUUUCAUGAAACUUAUGAAUUCUGGCAGUCUGAGUGGGGUACCUCUUGAAACUCUUGGGGGAUGUAAUGGAGCACCAUUCCCAGGGAUGAUGACUUCUCUACCACUGCACAGGGAACCUGCAGAGAGCCAGCAACAGAACCUGGACUACAAAUACCAACUCAGACUAACCAAAUACUGCUUUUGUCCUGCCAGCCAGACCUUUGAAUUUACACUGUAGAUGCAGUUCCUCCAUCCAUGCUGGAAGUUUAACUUCACCAGCAAUGCAGGAAACUGUAUCUCACACACAGUACAAGGCUCUUCUCACCUGGGAUGAUAAAAGGAGAGGAAAUGACCCUGCCCAGUUAACUGAGCCUCUUCUGAAGGAAGCUUAACUGCUCUAGUGUCACAGAUGUCAUCAGAUACAGUGUCUAAGCAAGCCUUCCCUAGGCAUUACACGUGAUGGAUGCAUCAUAGUCCAUUAUAUAGCUGUAUGUCUGUUUACAUGUAGGGUGACUCUCAUUUUUUCCCUAUAAACCCUUCUUGCUACAGUAGACUUGAGGUGUGCUUUUAGGAUAGCUACUGAAUCUCUUUUACCUUCCUGUAAGGUGUCCAUUAUCCUGUCCACCACCAUCACUUCAAACCCUUUUUGUAACAAAACUGUAUCAAAUAUAGAGAAUUACUCCUGUGUACACAGACAUUGUUACAGGUACUCCUGUGAGAAUUGUGAUUUUAUUUCAAGUUUCUUAUCAAGAGCUUGAAGUGACAAUCUUCACAGCAUUGUAGGUGAUUAUAAAGUGAGUCUGCUUGUUCCUGAGAA